GCCGCUUUAUAUUGGCCUGCGAAAGGCUUCAGCGGGAGUUCAGCCAGUCUUAGCGGAGGUACCAAACCUGCAGCAUGGUCUGCCGCCUCGUUAUAGUGGUCUUAGCAGUGACUGGUGUCUUUGUGGCGUGUCAAGUAACAACAGCUGAUGUUAAUACUACUGCUGACAGAAAUGACACAAAGGUUUACCUUGACGAUAAAUUUCUAUAUUUUGCUUAUGGCAGUAACCUGUUGGCGAAGAGAAUACAUAUAAAUAACCCAACUGCUGUUAGAAUUUCUAAGGCCAAACUUGCGGAUUAUCGGCUUGAUUUCGGAUACUGGUCUCGACGCUGGAAAGGUGCUGCUGCCACAGUUGUUCCUGACCAAGGAAAACAUGUAUGGGGAGCUGUAUGGCAAAUGGACAAAUCCGAUAUGGACAACUUGGACAGACAAGAAGGUGUUUCAUCAGACAUUUACUUUCCGUUUGAGGUUGAAGUUGAGAAACCAGAUGGGAAGAAACUGCUGUGCCGCUGCUAUCAACUAUGUAACACUCCAACAGAGCUAAAACCAGGGCAGCCUAUUCCAGAAGACCGACUUCCCUCUGAACUUUACCUGAGUGUGAUAAUACAAGGAGCACGAGAAACAGGUCUCCCAAAUGAAUAUAUAGAGCAGUUAGAAAAAAUAUCUCACAAUAGCUACAAAGGUGACAACAGCACGAUAUUGUCUUCUCUGGUAUCGAGUUCAUAAGUGUGGUGUGUGACACACACACACACACACACACACACACACACACACACACACACACGACUUUACAUUUAACGUAAUGCCAAGGGUAAGAAACUGAAAUGGUCAAAAUAGUUUCAGACUGUUAUUAGGUUUUGUCAAUAAAAAUUAUUUAAGAUGAUCCUGUAUUUAAAUACUGUGUACAUGUAUUAUACUUUGUUUUGUUUUGAAGAGAGUUAUGCAACAUGUGGAUGAAAGCAAACCUUUUUGCCAUAGAGGAACUUGUUCUAUUGCAUGUGCAGAAGAGAGGUCACUGAAAAAACUUAGGAAUCACAUUAGCUGAACUUCUUGUGAUUAACACCAUGAACAACUAUCACACAAAUUUCAGGUGUGAGGUACUUGAACGUGUAAAUUUAAAAACUUCUUAUCUGUUAUGAACUUCAGUAGUGGUGGAAACUUAAGUGGUUUUGUUAAAGCCAGUUUAAAGUGUGACUUCAUGUAAUUGGAGAGAGAAUUUAAAAAAGGAUGUAUGUCAAAAUAUGACAAUAAAAAGAAUAUAUGUUAAAAUAUGACAAUGUAAA